GGCUUGCAUUUGGGCGCCGCUAUAGUUGGCCACGUCUCCUGGCCACGUCGCGCAUUACUUGACAUUUUCCCAUUCAGACCGAGAAAAACGUCGAUUUAGGUGCCUGACAGAACCUCUUAUAAGGUUUAAAACCGGUCAGUAACGGAGGCUAGAAGGUUGUAUUUGUUUUGACGGGUAUAAAUUCGUGCUAACGGAGGCAACGCCGCCUGCAGCACCCAGCAGAAUCAUGAAUAUUUUCAGAUUCACUGGCGAUCUUUCCCAUUUAGCAGCCAUCAUCAUCCUACUGCUAAAAAUAUGGAAAACCAGGUCGUGUGCCGGUAUCUCCGGGAAGAGUCAGAUCCUGUUCGCCUUGGUGUUCACCACACGCUACCUGGACCUGCUCACCUCCUUCAUCUCCCUCUACAACACCACCAUGAAGGUCAUUUACAUUGGCUGUGCGUACGCCACCGUGUACCUCAUCUACACUAAGUUCAAGGCCACCUACGACGGUAACCAUGACACCUUCAGAGUGGAGUUCCUGGUCGUCCCCGUGGGAGGGCUGGCUUUCCUUGUCAACCACGACUUCUCUCCUCUCGAGAUCCUUUGGACGUUCUCCAUCUACCUGGAGUCGGUGGCCAUCUUGCCCCAGCUCUUCAUGAUCAGUAAGACUGGCGAGGCAGAGACCAUCACCACCCACUAUCUGUUCUUCCUGGGCCUGUACCGGGCUCUCUACCUCAUCAACUGGAUCUGGCGCUUCUAUUUCGAGGGCUUCUUCGACAUGAUCGCUAUCGUGGCCGGUGUCGUUCAGACAAUCCUCUAUUGCGACUUCUUCUAUCUGUAUGUAACGAAGGUACUGAAAGGAAAGAAGCUAAGUCUGCCAGCCUAAGUGCCAAAGAUCAGCGAUUUGGCAGACUCGUGGGGGGGGGGGGCAGCAAAGGAAACCAUUGACCCCCCCUCCACUCCCCUCUCCCCUCCCAGUGUAAGAUGCGUCAGACAGAGUUAGACUUUUACAGUUUGUCCCGUCUCCUGACCACUAUCAGCGACACCCAUGGGCCUGUUCAGGGGGCUGCAAACUUAAGGGCUCUCAGAUAGAAAUGUACUGUGUAGAACAGAUACGAUUGUUAUGUAGAGCUAGAAAAUCGUUGUCGGCUCAAUUCAUUAUAUUUCUAUCUGCAACGCUUUGAACGCUUCACCUCGCUGAAUACACCCCAGAACCAACCUGAAGAGGCCAUCCGCAGCUUUCGGACUUCUGUUUGAUGCAUCUUGCCUUACUUUUUUUAUUACUCUGUAUAAAGGAAGAAAAAAAGUAAUCAUUUUUCUACAUAAAAAUGUGUGCUCUCUCUCUCCGAUGAUUUGGCACAUUAGUGAAUGAGAGCCGAAAACAAAUUGCCUUUGAUUUGGCACUGUAAAAUAUUGGAGCCGGCUUCUUGUGGUGGGAUAUUGACUAAACCGUUUGUAAGAGUAUUUGCAAACUCAAUAAAUGUACAUUGUUUUGUCCUGAAUCCCAAUGGAGCGGAAGUGUAAUACAGGCGUUGUAUCCCCUUGGCUUUGGCUGGAAAACCUUGUUUUGAGGAUAUUGUGUACAUUCCUGUAUAAAGAUGGCCAGUUAAAACUGUUCAUUCAUUUCCUGGUCAAUACUUAAUAUCUCCCCAAACUGACAAGAUAAAAUAAAAAACAAAUCAAUGUGAAGUUGGAAUUUACCUGUAACUGUCACCUGCUAUUUGAAUUAACUGUAUAUUUUCAGUAGAUUUGAGACCUAUAUCACUCACACCCCCAUAGAGAUGUUUUCACUGAUACAGUAACUGCCGCAUCUGCAUUGCUGUAAAUGGCUUUCAUUUAAAUUCACAUUUACACCAAAACAUUUUCUUAGCCCAUUGUUUGAUGGUGUAUCUAUAUUUAAAUAUCCAAGUCUAAUUUCAAAAUGGCUCUUCUAAAAGUGUUGGAAAUUAGUUAAUAGGCUACCAAUGCAGGGAUCAGCUCCUGAAACUGUUCAUGUUCUAUUCAGUUAUAUAUUUAGUGUUACUUUCCUUCUUUCAGUAAUGGACAAUGUCCAUAGAAUUGUCUACAUGAUGUGCAUAUUGUUGAGCUCACUUUAGAAGAGGUCUAGCUGUUGAUCUUUGUGACAAACAUGAUUCUAUGGGCAUUGUUGAAUUGGAACCAGAAUUAUUUUCUUAUUUUAAAGGCAUCUGCCUAUAAUUUUUGUCCUCACAGGCAGAUCAUUCCAUCUUGUUAGGAUUUUUUUUUACUGAGUUUUCUUUUGCAUGAUGUUGCCACCACAAAUAAAGAUUUUUAUGGGAAACA